AUGGUUUUCAGGUCUUUUAUUUCCACUCACUCUUUUUCACUCCCUCCUGCUAUUUGUAUAUUGUCGGUUCAUUAUCUAUCUAUCUAUCUAUCUAUCUAUCUAUCUAUCUAUCUAUCUAUCUAUUUCAGACUUGACCUCAUCUAUAUAUAUUUGUAUGUAUCUAUCUAUUUUAGUCUGCACUUUAUCUCUGUAUGGAUGUAUGGAUGUAUGUAUCUAUCUAUUUCAGCUUCUGCUUAUACCUCUCUAUCUAUAUAUAUAUAUCUAUCUCAAUCCUUUCCAUAUCUAUCUAUCUAUCUAUCUAUCUAUCUAUCUAUCUAUCUAUCUAUCUCAGUACUCUUCAUAUCUAUCUAUCUAUCUAUCUCAGUCUAUCUAUCUAUCUAUCUAUCUAUCUAUCUAUCUAUCUAUCUAUCUAUCUAUCUAUCUAUCUCAGUCAGUUUAUAUCUAUCUAUCUCAGUCUGUUUAUGCCUGUCUAUUUAUGUCUGUUCAUAUCUAUCUAUCUAUCUAUCUAUCUAUCUAUCUAUCUAUCUAUCUAUCUCGUCUAUUCCUAUUCAUCUCUCUCUCUCUCUAUCUAUCUAUCUAUCUAUCUAUCUAUCUAUCUAUCUAUCUAUGUCUUUUAAUACAAUGAAUCUAUCUAUCUAUCUAUCUAUCUAUCUAUCUAUCUAUCUGUGUCUUUUAAUACAAUGA